AUUUGAACGCAGCAUUUUUUCCCUACCGAGGGGAAGAGGGCAGAGGCGAAAGCAUUUCCUUCAAUUUUGCAUCAAAGUGAAGUUUCGGGAGGAAAAAAACAAUUGACGUCGGCCGACCGAGAGAGAAACGACGCUAAUAAAACUGCACGUGACGGGACGCGGGGGAUGAUUUUAAAAUCUGGAUUUUUAUCCGGCCAAAACUUUGACACAACUCCCCCCGCCGCCCCUCCAUCCAUGACACCACAGUGUCACGAAGGAACAUUUUCCCACGGAAAAUAAAAUAGAUACAGCCGUCACGGAGAAGGAAAGUACACGCCAAAGGAGUUUUAUUUUUUUUUACGGGACAAAGGAUUUGGCAAAAUGGAACAUACUCCAAGGAAAAAUCCAAAAGAGGAGCGGCAGUUGUGAUUUUUUUCUUCCCAGGAAACACUCCCAAAGUGAAAUAUAACGGACUUUGGUUAGACGUUUCAACAAACGAAGACAAAAUGUUUUAAUUGCUCCAAAAGCUCUUUAUAAAGAUGUUAUCGGACUGAAAAAGUUUGACAAUUGCAAAGGAAGCCCAAUGAGUGGGAUACAGACAACCCUCACUGAUAGCCUGGCAUUUCAACAGGGGACCCCGAACAUUCUCAACAAGGAUCCUCCAGAGAGGAAGCCCAAAAACGACAAAUGUGGCGUCUCGCUCAAGCACGAGUUUGACCCCACCGGUCUUGUCCAGCGGUGCGUGAUAAUCCAGAGAGAUGAAAAUGGGUUUGGGUUGACAGUGAGUGGAGACAACCCUGUGUUUGUUCAGCUGGUCAAAGAAGAUGGAGCUGCAAUGCGAGCUGGGGUCCAGACUGGAGACCGAAUCAUCAAGGUUAACGGGACCUUAGUUACACACUCCAACCACACUGAGGUUGUAAAGCUAAUCAAAUCUGGGUCCUACGUUGCGCUGACUGUGCUGGGAAGACCUCCCGGUAUUCCUCAGAUACACCUGGAAGAACACGAAGAAGACACAUUGGAGGAAGAAGACCAGGAUGACAGCGACCAAUCGGUGCGCCACUCAUUCGGUGGUGAUGGACGAGGAAGCACCACCUGUAGUCCUGAGGCGCACUUCCACUCCUCGCUUCUUGAUGGGGAUGGAUCUUCCAAGAUCUCGGAAACCGAGGAAGGGGACUGCGGGGACGCUGUUAGCGACGGGCUCGGUAGCAAUAGUACCCCGGACACGGGCGUCGCAGCAAGCCCGCCAUACCUCCUCAACCCGCAAAUCAUUGGCGCAGAAGACGACUACUUUGACUCACAGCAGGAACAAAAUAACGGGCAGUGCAGCUGCUUCCAAAGCAUCGACACCCUCAAGGGUCGGCCCGCCCACCUAGCCGUCUUCCUCCAUCACGUCGUGUCACAGUUUGACCCCGCCCCCCUGCUGUGUUUCCUGUACGCCGACAUCCACAAGCAAACAAGCUCCAAAGAAAGUCGGCGAUUUUUCAUGGAGUUUCACUCCCUCUUCAUGGAUCGGGCAGCGAAUCUGAAAGUCCCCGUGCCAGAAGCAGUUGCAGCUGAAUUAGAGAAGCGCAGGCUGGAGUUAAUCCCAGAGGAAGUGUGCAGACAGUACACACAAAAUUUACAGGACUCACUGAUGCCAGACCUGCACAAGAACCUGGACGACUUCAGGCAGAAGCGCAGCAUGGGGCUUACGCUGGCCGAAGACGAGCUUUCCAGGCUGGAUGCGGACGGCGCCAAAGAGCCGCCGGCCUGGGAGAGGGAGUGCUCGUGUGCCGAGCAAAUCCUCGCCAAGAUUGAAGACAUCUUGUUGACGUCACAGCCCACUGAAGAAGAAAAAUGCCAAACGAUGCAGUACGUCAUCCUAACGUACAUGAAGCACCUGGGCGUCAAAACCAAGGAGCCCCGCGGCCUGGAACACAAACGAGCGCGCAUCAACUUCCUGCCCAAGAUUAAGAAUCGUAUCAAGCCCGACAAGGAAGGCGAAGAGAAGGUGAAAAAGCCUCGCUUUCCCAACAUCCUGGUCCCGCAGCGCCGUCUCAGCAGGGUGGACUCCACUUCAGUGGGCAAGGCGACAGAGGGGAUCAAGCAGCGUUCGCCGAAGCUCCUCUCCCACCCAGCUUCGGAGCUGCCCGACUCUUCUCCCUCCAAUCCCGGAAGGAUUCGCGGGAAUCAGCCGAGCGAGGGUUCUGACGUUUUGAGCGCCUCGUCCGCGCACAGCUCGCCCACCACAUUGGCCUCCGAUGCCAGCGGUCAAGACUCGGACACCAAUCUCUCUCCAUUCUGCGUCCAGCCGCGAGUUGGCGAGGUCGCGGCGUUCGCCGGAGACCCGCAAGAUGGCGUCUGCUGCCACUCUGGUACACAAUUUGACUUCACUCCUUCCAACUUGGACCACUUGCAGGAAGAGGGAGACCAUGAUGCAUUCAGGAUGGAGGCGCCGGACGCGGCGAGCGAGGACGAGCAGGUGUGCGAGGCGGCGGGCGAGGACGACCCGCUCAACUGGCGGAGCCUGGUGAGCCGCGAGGUUCUUGCCGCGCUGGCGCCGCAAGAUAUCAAGAGACAGGAAGUCAUCAACGAAUUGUUCUACACGGAGCGAGCCCACUUGCGCACGCUAAAGGUUUUGGAUGGUGUGUUCUACCAGCGGCUCAGCAGGGAUGCCAUUUUACCUCCCGAUGAUGUCAAGAGCAUCUUCGCCAACCUGGAGGACAUCAUUCAGCUGCACGUUUCUUUGACAGAGCAAAUGGCGGCCAUCAGGAAGCGGAGUGAGACAUCUGUCAUCGGUCAGAUCGGAGAGGAUCUCUUGGCCUGGUUCAGUGGCGAGGAAGAGGAGAAGAUAAGAUGCGCGGUGGCAACUUUCUGCAGUAACCAACCAUCUGCGCUGGAGCUCAUCAAGAGCAAGAAGAAGAAAGAUCAGAGGUUCUCCAUCUUUAUGCAGGCGGCCGAGAGCGACCGGCUAUGUCGCCGCCUGCAGCUGAAAGACAUUAUCCCAAUGGAAAUGCAGCGAGCCACCAAGUACCCACUUCUCCUGGAUAAAAUUGCCAAGUACACAGAGGACGACGAGGAAGCGGACAAGGUGAAAAAAGCCGGGGAAUGCUGCAAGCAGAUCCUCAACCAUGUCAACCAGGCAGUUAAAGAAGCGGAAAACAAACAGAGGCUGCUGGACUAUCAGAGAAGGUUGGACAUCUCGUCACUGAAAUCCAACGAGAACCCGAUGAUCGUUGAGCUGAGGAAUCUGGAUUUAACCAAGAGGAAGAUGAUCCACGAGGGUCCGCUGUCCUGGAAAGUCAACAAAGACAAGAGAAUUGAUCUGUACACGCUUCUGCUGGAAGACAUCCUGGUCCUGCUUCAAAAGCAGGACGAGCGUCUGCUGCUCAAGUUCCACAGCAAGAACGCCGCCGCCGGCACCGCCGACUCCAAGCUCAGCUUCAGUCCGGUCGUUAAACUCGGGACCGCGCUGGUCAGACCCGUCGCUACCAACAAAAAGUCCUUCUUCGUGCUGUCCAUGUCGGAAAACGGGGCGCAGAUCUACGAGCUGACGGCGCAGAGCGUAUCCGACCAGAGGACGUGGCAGUGUCUCAUCACACAAUGCGCUGACGCCAUGAAGGCCAAUUCGCACAGUGGUGACACCGCCGAAAGCAGAAACCCAUCAGUUGGCUUAUUAAGAGGUGAGCAAGAGGCCAUUGAGAUGAUAAACUGUGAGAUGGACAAACCCAACAAAGACGUCAACGACACUUCAGAGUCAUCGGACAUCCCGCCUGCCCCGGCGACAAACCCCUUUGACGGCAUCAAGUCGGAGGACGAGGACGAGGAGAAGGCCGAGGACGAAUUGGGGGUGGAGGAAGAGGAGGGCGAGGUCGACGAGGAAGAGUUGGAGGCCUUCCUGGACGCUCGGCUGGAGGAAGACGAAGACGAUGAAGUCCGGGCGUCGUUCUCGUCCUCCAAGGCAGAAGAAGCUCUCGGGACGUUGGUGACGCUGAAGCAGCUCCUCUUUAAUCACAUGAUUAAGGACGAGGAGAAGAGCUCCCCACCGCUAGCUCAGACCGGCCCCUCACCCGACGGGGGCGCCGGCGCCGAAUGCGAUGAGGUCGCCGCCUCGGGCCAGAGCUUCCAAAAAGACGAGCCCGAAAGUCAACGCAACGGCGCCGUCGAUCCGGGCGGAGGUUGCGAGGAGGCCGAUGACGGCGACUUGUCUGUGGACACCGUUGACAUGAGCAAGCUGCUGUCGUCGGAGAACGGCGGGCGACCCAACCUCAACAGGCGUCUCAUGACGCACCUGCGCCUCCUGCAGGCCGACUUGCAGUACCUCAAGGAAGUGGAGCUAAAGUACAAGAAGCUACUGGAGACGCCGACCGACUCGGACAAUGAUGCGCUUCAUUGAAGACACGCUUGUUUUUCCCGCCUUCACUGCUGCUGUCAAGCCACUGAAGUCAAGUGACUCUCCAAAUCUUCUCAUUUUAACACUGGACGCUCACCAACGACACAAAACAACCUCAUUGAUGGGACCCCGUGCUAAAUGCUUCUCUAGCUUCUAUAUAAAUCUAAAAUCACAGGCCGCAAGACUGCACAACUUGUCGCUUUUUCCGCUCAUUUAGAGAACAUGAUUUUAAAAAAUUGAUGUCAACCUUUAAACACUAUUGUUGUUCAAAUUUGUUCUUGUAAAUUAACUUAUGAUUGUUUUUCGUGUAUUCAUGUCGUAGCACGCAAAAAGACGCUAAUGUACUCACUUUCAUUAAUCUUUUAGUUUUUGUUUUUUUUAAACAAUGUGGUAUUUAUUUUUUUGUGUUUGUGCAAUGUGCAUCGUCUCUUGUUCAAUAAAAAGACAGCGCAUA